CUCAUCGUUACUGUCGUAUCGACGAAUAUCCUUGAUUUUCAACACAGCGCUUCGAUUCAAAAUUUUCUUCGAUUUCUAAAAUAUUUUCGACUCCUCUUUAUCUUAAUCGAAAAUUUGAUAAGAUGCCAAUCAAGUUCUAUUUAAAAUCAAUCUUAUUGUUUAUCAUUGUUGGCUUCGUUGUUGGUACUGAAAACUACAUAGAUUACUCAGAUGAAAUACCAGAAAAAAUGCCAAUAGAAAAUAUUCACGAGUUUUAUAGACUUCUGAUGCAACGCAAUGCUUUAGAAAAUGCUAGACUUAGCGAAACUCCAUUGGAACAUUUAAUGAUCCGUAAAUCUCAGCGAUCACCUUCAUUGCGCUUACGUUUUGGACGUUCUGAUCCUCAUUUAUCUAUUGGAAUUCUGUCAAAACCAAUAAGUGCUAUUCCAUCAUCCAAAUUCGAUGAUAAAUGAAAAAAAAUGAUUCAUUUUCCUUUUUUUUCCUCCUCCUACGUGUAUAAAAAUCCACUAUUUAUAUUAUAUAAUUAUUAAAAAUUAAAAAUUGUACUUAUUUUACAUUAUUAAUG